CACACACACACACAUUGAGAAAAACAUGCCUUUCUUCUCCCCUCCCUUUCAGAAUGGCUCCUUCCUUCUCUGGCAGCUGGUGGUUGGUGGGGAGCACAAGCCUAUGGUCAGAUGCCACAUCCUGCCCCAUGUUGUGCCCUUUGUUGCUUUGGUCAAGACUAACCAAAGUGGAGCUAAACUCAGGAGCUGAGAAACCAAGUCACACUGAGAGGAUGGGAAAUUGUCUCCUGAGGGAACUCAGUUGCCUGAGAGACAAUCAAAGAAGCUCCAGAAGGCAGGAAAUUACUACAUUUCACAGAGAAAAUCGAGGUCAAGAUAAGAACAGUAAAGAAGUUUCAUCUACUUCUAAUCAGGAAAAUAAUAGUGGCGGUGAUUCUGAAGAAGUGUGCUACACUGUCAUUAGUCCCAGCUCCUAUCAUAGGCCUUCCUUGAGCUCCAAUGACAAUGGUUAUGAGAACAUUGACUCUGCCACAAAGAGAGUGAAAUCAUUUAAAGAAGGGUCAGAAACAGAAUACGCCCUCCUCAGGACGACUGACAUCACCAGGCCUUCUCCCUGCACCCCUGAGCAUGAUUAUGAACUUGUGCUUCCCUACUAGACACCUCAUCCUCAUCAUCUUUCAGUACCAAAGAUGGUACAGAGUAAUGGCUUCUGGGGAAGUUUCUCUCAGCAGUUCAUAAACAUUCAUUUCUGGCCAGAGUUUAGACAUGAUGUCCUUUUACUAUAUUGCUUUGGGAGACUUUUUUAUUUUUAUUUUUUAUCCUCACCUGAGGACAUUUUUUCGAUAUUUUGUUCAGAUAGAGUGGGAGGGAGAAAGAGAGAGAGAGAAACAUCGAC